UGGCUCCCACCGUGUUUUCACUCCCUCUUACAGGAACGGGUGGAGAAGUGCUGCCAUGCGUGAAGGCAGAUGUUCAGCAAGUGGACUGUGAGCUGAGCCUUUGUCCAGGCUGAGCUGAGGAGGCUAAUGUUAGCUCUUAGCCCAGGCGGUGCCACUGUUUCCAGGUGGGCUUGAAGGGCGUUAAAGGUGGGCAGAGAGGGCCACCUACUCACUCAGCCACAUGUAAGAAGCACUUUGAUGGGCUUGUGCUUUGCUAAGCCUCUUCAGAUGAUCAGCUUUACUUCUGCUUCAGGAAAGGGGGACCUCCGUGUUCUCCAGCUCCUGGUGUCCACUUUACUGGACGUCAUUCAUAGUUUUCCACAAACACUUCAAGGAACGACAGGAGGUAUACAUCACCAUGUUGAAAUCGGGUGAGAUUAAAUGUGAGGACGUGGUGUCCGAAAGCUCCAGUACUGAGAAAACGUCCACAGACGCUCUUCACACCAACGCAACCGCAAAAACGCAACGAUCGCAAAAAAAGUCCAGCAAAGACAAAUCUCACCAGUGCUCCUACUGCGGGAAGAGUUUUAAUUUACUGAGCCAUCUCCAAAGACAUGAGCGGAUUCACACCGGAGAGAAACCGUUUCACUGCUCCGAGUGCGGAAAAAGUUUUACUGUACAGAGUCAUCUCCAAACGCACCAGCGCACCCACACAGGAGAGAAACCCUAUUACUGUUUAGAGUGCGGGAAGAGCUUUAAUCAGCAGAGUCAUCUCCUAAGACACCAACAGAUUCACACGGGAGAAAAACCGUAUUAUUGCUUAGAGUGUGGACAGAGUUUCAAUCAACAGAGUAAUCUCCAAAUACACCAACGCACUCACACUGGAGAGAAACCGUAUCACUGCUCGGAGUGUGGGCAGAAUUUUACAAGACAGAGUAAUCUCCAGAUACACCAGCGCAUCCACACUGGAGAGAAACCGUAUCAGUGCUCUGAGUGUGGACAGAGUUUUAAUGUACAGAGUCAUCUACAAAGACACCAGCGCAUCCACACAGGAGAGAAACCGUAUCAGUGUUCGGAGUGUGGACAGAGCUUUACCAGACCGGCGAAUCUCCAAACACAUCAACGCAUUCACACGGGAGAGAAGCCGUUUCAGUGCUCAGACUGUGGGAAGAGUUUCCGAGAGAGUGGCACUUUCAAAAAACACCGGCGCCUUCACACGGGGGAGAAACCGUUUUACUGCCCGGAGUGUGGACACAGUUUUACUACUUUGAGUAAUCUCGAAAAACACCAGCACGUUCACACGGGAGAGGAGCAGUACUACUGUGCAGAGUGUCGGAGGAGCUUCUCGUCUUCAAGUUUAGAGACACACAAGUGCAUCAAGAGAGAAGUAGAAACUUUCUAACUCCCAACUGGGCCCAGAAAUGAGAACUUUCUCUUUUUUUCCUGCUCUGCCAAAUAUUUUUCAACUAUUUACAGAUUGUAUAUAUAUCAUCUGCUUAAGAAAAUAAGUAGGCUCGUCCACGUAUGCUAUUUGUUGUGUAUUUUUUCCCUUUUAGUGUUUAUUUACAAAUGUCCAUCUGUAAUACAUCAACCUACCUGUUAAUUAUGAAGAGUCUUUAAAACCUGUGUAAUUUUCUUUGCUCUGCGGAGAGAGUGGAACUGAGACUUUGCCAUCCCAAUAACAGCUUGUAAGAAGACGGUAAACGCCCAAGCUCUCUUCCAAGCACAGCGUCGGACUGGACUCCGAAAAAAUCAAAUACAACUAAACAACUAAAACCAAAUCCAACAUUUAGUGCUUGUUCAAGUAGUCAACGAUGAAGAGAUCUUCUGAUAAAGAGCCAGAAGUCAGCACCACAAUCAAACGGACAAAAAGGGCCCUGUUUGAAACAUCUGUCUGAACUCUGCAGUGGCAUGUGAACCUACAGCCAGUCUUGUCUUCAGUUCAUCACCUGGUGGUGACAGGAGGAGAAAUGCCAACAAGUUACUGGGUGUAACUGCUAGAAACCUCUCCCUAGGAGCCUGCACAUGUCUGCUCUACACCGCAUAGAGUUGUGUACAGACCAGAAGAUCACGUCCUGAAGAUCUUGCGUGUACACACUUGGGCGUCUGAUAUUAAGAAUUCCAAGGGAUCCCCACCCCAACAUUUGUGUGCUGUGUAGCAGGUACCACUAACACCCCCCACAUAUUUUCCAUACAGACUACACUACACAUGGAUAUAAACCAAACAACAGUGUUAAAUCAAUAAAAAAAUAAGCUGAGAAUUAACCUUCAUAAUACAUUUGAUGAAGCAUUCAAUCAUAUAUCAAGUGUAAAAGUUCAAACUUCAGAAAUAUUGAGGGAUGAAACAAUAUAGAUAACGGGUCUUUUUGGGGCGGGGGUGGGGGGGGGUUGUGUGUUCAUAGAAGCCUUACAGGUUUGGAUAUUAAAUUUGACGUUUGAAAUGUCCAACCCUGUUCUAGACAUGCAUUCUUGUAACAUUCGAUCAACUCAAGUGGGAGAUGUUUAGAAGUUCUGAGUCGGAACAUUCUGGUUCUAGUACUUGUAUUACGGUAUUAAAUGUUUGUUUCAACAGUUGCACCCCCCCUUAUUUGAGCAUCGUAGACAACCUAAUGGUACGUUUAUAACCCAGAAGUUGGUAGGAUGCUUAUGGAGGCUGUCACUGACCAUGAUGCUUGUUAAGGAACACCAUACCAAAGUGUGUGAGUUUUUGGGUGGGGAUGCCUGUAGUCCUGUUAUGUAUGGGAUGGUAUGGAUGCAUGUGACUUAUUGUUUUUCUUUAUGUCUCAACAAACGUGUAUGUAUGGCCUAGACUAGAAAUGAAUUUCCUUGCAGAUGAUACUUAAAUAUCUAUCUAUCUAUCUAUCUAUCUAUCUAUCUAUCUAUCUAUCUAUCUAUCUAUCUAGUAGAUCACUGGUUGAAAAAUAUGCUUCUGUAAAUGGUCAUGACAUUUGCAGUGCUGUAUAUUGCUGUAUUUCUUUCCUGAGUCAUAUAACACUUAAGACUGUCAAUAAACCUCUUGAGCAUGUGGA